AUGGAUGACAUAUUCACAAACCCUUUUAGUGAUAUGUAUGGUUUCACUGUAAGCUCAGGAGGAUCAGGAAAUCCAGAAAAUGAUGAUUCUACAUCAAACAAUACCAACACAAAUCAAAUCAAAGAGAAAAGGAAGGAAGCAUGGGAAUCAGAAAGCGCGUUUGGAACCUUUAAUCGUCCUCCAAAGUUAAUGGCUAUUGAAGAUUAUACAAGAUGGGCAAUAAAAUUUGAAGAAUGGCUGAUGGCGUUUGCUUUCCCCAGCUGGAAAAGCAUGAAAAGUGGGUAUGCUGCGGGUAAAAACAAUGGUGAAGUAUUGAGAAGCAAUGAAGAAAUUGAUCUAUUCGUUGCUGAACAGAAAUGUGUAGCACUACUAUUUCAAUCUGUCAGGGAAGAUAUUAUUUCACUAAUCAGCUACACCAACGCCAAAGAUUUGUGGGAUAAACUGGGAAAGAAAUGUCUGGGAAGUAAAGAAAUCUUAAAGAACAAAACUAAACUACUAAAAAAGGAAUUUGAUAUGUUCAGUUGUUUCAAAAAUGAGUCAGUCUGCAAGAUGAUCGAACGUUUUGGUCAUCUUAAAUUGGAACUUGCACGUCAUGAUAUUAAAUAUCCUGAUGAGGAGAUAGUUGAUAAACUGUUCGAUUCUUUACCAGAUGAAAUGGACUGGAGGUACUAUGCUUUGAUGUUGAAAAACACCAUUCCGCCAGAAGAACUAAAACCAGAUGUAGUGAUUGAACGACUGGAAAGCCAUGAGCUAGAAUUGAAGAAAACGUACAAAGUCAAUCAUUCAUAUCAACAAAAUCCAGAACUAUACUAUCCCAAAAGUUUGAUGCCCAAAGCCUCAUCACCGAAAACCGCAUUUUCUGCCGAAAACAUAUCUCCAGCUCCAAAAGAAAAUCAAAGCAACUCAAACAAAGAAAGUCACAGUGGAUAUCAUAGUGGGUCUACUUCUAUUCCUACUGCCUCGACAAAUCGUUCAGAUUCAAAGUUCUCAUGUAAUAUUGCUGUUGAUCUGAAGAAUGCACAAAACUUUGAUGAAGAAUCUGUGAAGCAACAGAUGGUGUUUCUAGCAUCUGUGCUAGAAUCAUAUGAGGGGCUGAUUGCUGGAAAGAUUGGGAAUACUAAUCUGACCAAAGAAGACUAUGAUCAGAUAGAUCCCGAGGAGAUGGAGUUAAUUGAUAUCCAAUGGGCAAUGGCGAGUGCAAAAGGCCACUUCAAACGAGAAUGCAGAAAUGCAUAUGUUGAAGAAUCUGAGAAUCCAUUCAAGGAUGACUACUACAAGAAAGCUAUCUAUCAUCAGAAUAAGUCCGAACCGCCAAGAAUAAAGCAAUCUGAAGACAACAAAGGAAAAUCUAGAGCUUUGGCAGUGAUUUACGAUGAUGAAGGAUAUGAUUGGAGUAAGGAAAUGUUACCUGAAGAUGAUGCUAUUGGUUAUGCUUUUAUGGCGAGUCAUAAUGAACCAAUUCAGUGGAAGGAUAAUCGUACAGAACAACAAAAGUACGAAUAUCGAAAAAUGGUUGCUGAAGCAAAGAUCAUCCGACUCUCAGGUGUUUAUGAGGAAGCAACACGUGCAAACCGAUGGGAUCCAGAUAGAGAGUGUUAUUUGGAUGAAUAUGGUAACAUUGCUGUCGACUACAAGAAGAUAGACAUUGAAGCCAUUAUCCAAGAAUAUAAAGAAGAGGAUGAGUACUGGCAACACAAAUGGUGGGGUACACCAACAUCGAAAAUGAUCGAGGAAGAAAGAGAGAAAGAAAGAAGAGAAAAGGAGAAGAUAGAAGAACCUGUGAAAAUUGACACCGGGAUGAUCAACACUGCACAGGAGAUGACAGCUGAAAACUUGAGAGAAAUGGCUGAUAAAGUGCUUGCUGUCAAAGCACUUGAGGUAGACUCUACUCCUAAUUCUGAGUCAAAGAAACAGGUCAGUCAAACUAAGUCAUCAACUGUGUCAGGUAACAAAAACAAUUGCAAUGCUGAUUGCAAAAGUUGUAACAAACAAUGCAACUUUUGUACAACUGUCACAUACCUCAAUGGGGAGAAAAUCAAGAAACUGACCAAUAAUGUUAGAAAACUUGAAAGUCAAAUUCUUGAUUGUGACAAAGAGUCAAAAGAAUCAGCUGAUCAAAUAAAAGAAUUGAAAACUGAAAACCUGAAAAUUAAAGCUGAUCAUGACAAAAUUCUUCUUGAAAGCAGAAAUGUUGUUGAAAAAUUUGAAAAAUUGAAAAAUGUCGUUAAAGAGAGUGAUGAUAGAAAUGGAAAAACAAGUAAGGAAAACGAGCAUUUAAGAGCUGUUUUGAUAAUAAAAGAGGAAACAAUCAACAAACAACUGGAUGAGAUAGCAAAAUUAAAACUGAAGGUUCAAGAAAUGGUUGAUGGAAUUGUUAGCGUUGAUGCAGAAACCACUGUGGAUGAUGAUGAUAAACUAUCUGCAAUGAGACGAGGAAGUGACACUCACAAAGGACACAAUGUUCCAUCUGCAAUUGAUGAGGUCUCUACAAAAGGAACAGAAGCAGAAAAAAUGGCUGAAUGUUUAAGAAAAAGCAGAAUUGCUAAGGCAUUGUCUGAUACAACAAUAGUUUAUGAAUCUCAUGUUAGAAGAUUUUGGGACACUGCAAGGUUUGAAGAAAAGGAUAAUAAAAUUCAUGCAGUAGUCAAGAAGAAAGAUAAAAACAACAAGGAUAUUGAUGUGGAAGUAGUGAUUGGAGUAGAGGAUAUUAGAAGGGUUCUUGAUUUACAAGAUUCUGACAAUGAUCCAACGAUCAUGUCAGAACGUCUUGCUAAAGGGCUAUGGUGUAGAUUGGGAUUUUCUUCACACAUCAACGGAAAAAUGUUCAAAAGGAGUUUCUCGAGUCAAUACAGAUACUUAAUGCAUUGCUUGGUGCAUUCCCUAUCUCACAGAAAGGGAGCCUAUGAUGAGGUGUCUGACUACAUAAUGAACAUUGUUGUAAAAAAUUGCUUAGCUGGGAAAGACAAAUACAUUAUGUACCCAAGAUUCAUUAUGAUGAUCUUGGAUGACAAAGUUAAGGAUUUGCCAAAGGAUAAUGAUGAUAUUAUGGCAAUGGGUGAAGUGAAUAAGACUACUAUUCUGAGAAUCACAAAGGAGAAGAAUGCUAAAACAAAAAGGUUGAUCUGUGCAUUAAAGGAUAAAGCAUACGUAGCUCCUGAAAAUGAUAGAUGGAGACAUGAUAAUAGUGAUUCAGACAAUGAAGACAAUAAGAUGAGUGAAAUGAUUGAAAAGAAAACCAGAUGGUGGUGUAUCAGAGAUGGAAAGAGAAAGAGAACACCAAAGUCGACCCCUGUGGUUGUAAUUAAAGAAACAGCAAAGGGGUCUUCUGAAGAACCUCAAAGAAAGCUAAUUGAUGAACCUGUCAUAGAACCGAGGGAGGUGGUUGAUAAAGGUGUUGGUUUAAAAGAGACUUUGGAAAGCUAUUUUAAAAAGCAUGAAGAAGCUGAACAAGCACAAGAUCAAAAGAACUCCAGUAAUGAAGAUUCUGAAGAGACUUUAUCUGAAUCUGAACUGGUCAAAGAGACAGUGGGAAAAGGAAAGGUACAACUGAAGAAAAGACUGUUAAAGAAAAGAAAGAAUUCUGAAGAUGAAGAUUCACCGUACAAUCCUGAGGAUUCCCAGAAAAACAGAAAGAAAAGAAAAGCUACUCGCAGCGGUGAUAUUCCAAGAGUAGUUAGAGCAAAGAAACAGAAUGCUACCUCACAAAUAGAGAAGGAAGGAAAGAAGAAACAGGACACUGCAGAAACUAGUCCUGUGGUUGAAAUACCAAAAGAAGUUUCUUUAACAGAAAUUCCAAUAGAAACACAAACUUCUUAUGAUGAUUAUGUGGAGGUCACCGGAGUCAAAUCUGCUAAACAAACAUCUGAUCAUCAUGAUAUUCCAGAAUCAUCACAAAGAAAGACAGAUUAUUUCAACUUAGAUUUUGAUAGCUUGGGUGGUGCUACUGGAGAUUUCUUUCAAGAUAUGCCAGAGAGUGAAGCAGAUCUAUUUCAUGAUAAAAAGAUGAAAGAAUUGGAAGAAAAGGUUAAAGCCUUGGAAAAGGAAAAGGAAGAAAACGAAGCUGUGCAAGUAAAGUUGAAAGAAAUGAUUGAUGAGUUGGAGAAACGGCAUGAAGAUGUAAUGGAUGCAGUGCUUACAAAAGAUGAGAAAUUGAAUGAAAUGAAAGAAGAUAUAAAAGAUCAUGCAGAACUUAUUAGCGUACUUACUGAUGAAAUUGCUGCAUUGAACGCCAAAGUCAAAGACUUGCAGAAUACCAAUCAGACUUUGAAUCAACUCUUAAAUGAGAUGAAUGAAGCUUCGUCAAAUGAAAUGAAUGCAAUGAAGCUAGAGAUGGAAGCUAUGAGAGCAGAUAAGGUGAUGAAAGAUAAGCAACUGGAAAUGCUUACGGCUGUGAUUGAAGCACAUCUGAAGGUGAACAUCCACGAAGCUUUUGAUCAAGUUGACAUUAUCAAGGCAAAUGAAAGAAGGAAAGAAAGAGAAAGACAGCUUGCUGAAGAAGCUAACCUGAAAAAGAAAGGCAUAGCAGAAGAAGUUGAAGUUGUAGGUGGAUCAUCUUCUCAACCAGAAAUUGAAAUGGUGGAUGCUCAAGAUGUUACAGCAAAUGAUGAAGAAAUGGUGGAAGCAGAAAAUGUAGCAGUUCAUGAACCAGAGUUUAUUAUGGUUGGUGAGUCUGUAGAGCCUAUUAUUCCGGAGAAUGUUUUGAGAGACGUUCAAAUCAUACAAAGAAAGAAAAAGGCUAAAGAAGUAUUACUACUGGAGUACUCUACCGACAAGUUUGUGUUAGUCGGAAAUGCCUAUAGAGUGCCCUAUAGUGAAGAAGAAUCUGCCAAGCUGUUAAGAUUUCAUGAAUUAAAGUAUCAAGGGAAGAUAGCCAGAGGAGAAGUGGAAGAAGAAUCUGAUAGUGAUUUUUGGGAAGAAGAAGAUGAAGAUGAUGAUAAAGAUGAUAAAGCAGACGAUAAAUCCGAUGAUGAUGAUAAGCCUGAUGAUGAUGAUGAUGAUCAAGGCACAUCGGGUUUGCUAAUCAAUGAUCCAUCUGUUCAAGAUAAAGUAAAUGACCUCAUGAAUGAUGAAGUGAAUGAACAGAAUGAUGAUGCAGAGUGUGAAGGGUCAUCUUCUGGAAACCAAUCUGGUAAUCAGGUACAUCAACUCACAUCUACUUUUAUUUCUCUUUCUGAACAUCAUCAAGGAGAAGUAGAUAUUAUCAGAACAAGAGCUGAAAUGCUUGAGGAGUUGGGGUUAGAAGAUGGGAAGUUUAAAUUUGAUAUCGAAGAUGAAAUCCCAGAGUCUCCGAUCAAAAACUUUGAACCACAAUUUCCACUUGAAGCAGAAUUUUAUGAUAAUGUGACCAUAGAGACUGAUUCAGAUUCGGAAGAAGAAAGAAUAGAUUUUCACUAUGAAGGUGAAGACAUGGCAUUCCCUACAUUCACAGAAUUAUUUGAAGACAUGAAUGCAGAAUUAUUGAAAAGAAAAAUUGAAGAAAGAGUUGCAUCUGCUGAUAUGCCUGAACCAGUUCCAAGAGAGAUUUCUGCUGAAGAGAGAAAGAAAUGGUUCAGAUCAAUGCCAAAGGAAAGAAAGCCUCUUAGAGCCCUACAGUAUUUUACUCAUGAUAAAGACUUAUCUUGGGGUGAUAUUCUUUCUUGGGGGUAUCUGGAAGACUUGAAUGUUUAUGCAAUUCGAAGAGAGCAAGGUGUUCAAUACUUCAGGUGCAUUUCUGAUCUUGCUACCUUACCUUGGUGGGACGUAGAUGAAUUGGUGGUUACAAAGAAUAUUAAACAACACUACUACGGUCCUGAAGUAAAACAGAGAGAUCAGAAGCUGUGGAAUUACAUCAAGUAUCAAGCAACGAUCAAUUAUCCAGAUUGGAAACCACAGUUUCCUAAAAGAAUUGUGAAGUAUACAGCUAAAGGUGAGAAGGACGUUACUCUUGAUGUCAAACCGCCAAAGUGUUUGAAGAGCAUGCCUUUAAGGGCUAUUGAGCAGGAUUUCUAUGAUUUAUUUCAAGCAUGGCUCUAUAAUCCUUCUACUGCUGAAGCUGUGAUCUCUUUGUACGAUAAAGACACUGGUGAAGCUAGGAAGAUUUGUAUUCUAGACCCGAUGUGGCUGGUAAAUUGCUCAAAGAAAGACAUAGAUUGCUUGUUUGUCAACAAGAUAAUCUAUGACAAGAAAGACAAAGUCAUUGCUCAACAAUACCAGAGUGUAGUUGAUGUCUGUUUUGCUAAAGAAAUCAACUCUGGUAAGAACUGGAAAACUUCAUGGAGAGAUCUAGAGGUUGAUGAGUUUCUGAAGGUGUACAAGAGAAGUUUAAGAUCCAAGGAAAUUCAGAGAAAAGCUGCUGAAAGAGGAAGACGAAAUUUCGGAUUUGUACCUCCUACUGAUCAGACACCCAUAGAGUCUGAAGAGAACAAGAUCCCUAAGUGGGACAGAAAAAGAGAUGGAGAUCCAGUGUACAGAAAUUGGUGGAUAACGGAGGGAAGACAUAAAAGAAGACAAAUGUUAGCUGAACGAGAAGAAAAGAGAAAACAAAAGGCACGAGAUAGAAGACGCAACAGGAGACUGUUGAACAUGGAAAUCAUAUGUCUCUCUGUAUCUGUAUAUGAUUUGUUGAAUUCCGCACAACAAUCAUAG